AUACCACUCGGCCAAAGAGGGACUACGAGGUGGACGGGCAAGACUACCACUUUGUGAUGUCCAGAGAGCAGAUGGAGAAAGACAUCCAAGAGCACAAGUUUAUUGAGGCGGGACAGUACAAUGAUAAUCUUUAUGGAACAAGUGUCCAGUCUGUGAAAUAUGUGGCUGAAAGGGGUAAACACUGCAUUCUGGAUGUGUCUGGAAAUGCCAUCAAACGACUACAAGUAGCACAACUCUAUCCCAUUGCCAUCUUCAUAAAACCUAAGUCUAUUGAUUCAUUAAUGGACAUGAAUAAGAGACUGACAGAGGAGCAAGCCAAGAAAACAUUUGACAGGGCUAUGAAGCUAGAGCAGGAGUUUGGUGAAUUCUUCACAGCUCUGGUACAAGGAGACACCUUAGAAGACAUUUAUAACCACUGCAAACAGGUCAUAGAGGAACAUUCAGGACCCUAUAUCUGGAUCCCCUCAAAGGAAAAACUAUAACUCAUCACCCUGGAAGGGAGUCUGGACUGCUAGAAACUAGUAAUAAGAUGUAAAAUAUGAUAACUGUAUUGCGAUGAACAGUCUUCACAAAUAAUUAUUCUGAUAUGUUUUUUUAAUUUUGUUUUAUUUUCUCUCUGGUUUGGUUAUUGCUUUGUUUUUCACUCUACAUGAAUGUUCCUGAAUGUAUACUGGAAAGUGUUUAGGAAACAGUUUAGGAAACAUGAACUGUUAUUGGAUAUUUGAUGAUUUUUAUUUGAACAAAAUGGAAAAGAAAUGGCAUGGAAACUAAAUAAAUAUGGGUAUGUGUCCAUGUCGGCACUGUGUUAACAGGAAAUUGGAGAUGGUAUAUAUGUUACGGAUGUCUUUGCUUUGCUAACAUAGGAAGGAAAAUAGGUAUUCCAACUCUCCCUUCACAUUACAGCAACUAACAAAUAAUAGCAAAAUUAUAAAGUUUAAUGUUUUGUCUGAGUUUGCAUCUGUGCAUCCCCUGAAAACAGCUUUAUUUUUGUUUACACUGUCAGUUCUUCCUUAAAUCACUGUAUUUAUUUCUCUGACAUGAGGAUGUGUGAGGAAAAUGUUUUAUUCACUGUAAAAUUGUCAUGUCAUUUUUUUAUUAUUUAAAAGCAGACAUUACUUAUUCAGCUGUUGCACUGACAAUGAUAAGUAAAGGGAGAAAGCUGCUAUCUGUAAUGGAGAUGUAACACUAUAUUUUGCUACUUAACUUGCUAGAGGGCACAAAAGCACAGAAUUAUUUAUUAUUCAGAACAUAACUUUGAUUAAAAGGUCAUUUAUAGAGCAUAUUUUAUUUGAGUGAUGUAGUAUGUUGUGACUGGAUGGCUGGGAAUUUUAUAGUUAAAGAGACAUCUGAUGUUCCAAUAUUUUGUAGACUUGGAGAGGAGAGGGUAGUCAAAGUAGUGAUUUAAUUUAAUACUGAAACACAUUUUUGUCUUUUGAAACUAACAGCAGGACAGCGAAGAAUAUGAAUAAAAAUAAAGAAAAAUGUUUUUGAAAGAAUAAAAAUUGGACAAAAUGCAAAUAUUAUCAAACAUGAAUAUUCUGUAGCAACAUUGUGGAGUCAUAAAGGAAGAGAAGAGAAGGCAAUUUAGAUGUGUUGUUUCCUCAGGCAGGCAGUUCCAAUGUCCUAAUGAGAAAUGUUUGACAAUAAUGAUUGAUUUACAGAUUGGGAAGACCUAACACACAGUCUGAUUUAAAACACACACACAUUACACACACGUUAUUUGCAAUUGGUGUUUUCUUCUGCAGUGUUUCCCUUUGGAAUAAAAAAUAUCAGUUUGACUCUGACUGCUGAAUAUUAACUACAGAUAAAGGGGGGGGUGAGGGACUGAAGAUUUUGCCACUUUAGAAGUGCAUUAUGAGGGAAUCUGUAAUGGCCAGUAUAAACCAGAGGAAUGAUUACUGCAAACAGUUUCAAUGUUCAUAUGAUAUGAAAAUUGUGAACCUGCCCUUUAAUUGUUUGGUAUGAAAAUAUAACCAUUUAAUGAUAUUGACAAUGUACACAAAGUAUUAAUCAUCAGUGACAUCAGCCUACAGUAUUGACCCUCAGGUAGCCUGUCACUGAACCUUAAUGAUUACAUCUCUGUGUGAUGUGUCUGAGCUAUAGAAACCAUGACUUGAGAAAUGAGCAGAACACCUGACAGGAUAACAAGGACUAUCCUGAAUCAUCUACAGAGAGCCUGGAGACCUGAAUAAAGUAAUCUCAGAUUUAUUGCCAUUUUGUUCAGAAGAGGGGGAGCCCUGAUUAUCCUGCGCAGAUGCUUAACAGACCAAGCAUGAUACAGUAUAUCCACUAUAUAUAGUUUACUCACCAGUGGCUUGCCUUGUUUGAAAGGGCAUACAAUAUAGUACCUCGCUUUAUUAAAAUUAGAAAAUAAAUAUCCAUCAUGUACUUAAAGCACUUGGAAUGGCUAAUGCAUCUAACCAAUGUGAUGAUCUUCCUGUUCUGUUUAAUUGCUAUGCCAUUGGCUGUUAGACUCCCAUGACAAGAAUUUGUGAGUGAUAUAUAUUCUAGUGUUACUGCUAUUUGAUUUAGACAGCAUGUUUCACCCAACCUGUUUAAAAUUAAAUAUAGAAGUUACGUUAAUUGCAGGUAUGUUUCUGGUCAAUGGGACAUUUCAAAAGUGCACUUAAUCAUUGUUUUUUGUAAUGAAAAUAGGCACUGUAUGGUAAUGAGGCAAAUAUAAAUCACAUCCAUUGAUUAUUCUGUAAGAUGGAACAGUGAAACCUGAGAAGAUUGAACUGCUUGUAUGGACCACAUACUGUACCUGUAGUAGACUGAUGUGAAGCAAGUAAAACACACUGCAGUUUCUAAAAUGAGAGUGUUUUUUGAAGAAGAUACUGUGUUUAUGAAGACAUAAGAUCAUCUUUCUCUUCUCCCUUGUCAUAGGUUGGUUGUGGCUGAUGGACAUUUUCAGCUGUGAUAUGUGUUGGUCAAUGCAUAUGUUUGCAAUAUGUUUCAAGAUAUCUACCAUUAUUCUUUUGCAAAUUUUCCAUAAAGUAUUGGUCACCACUUGCCUUAACAGAGUAGGUUUACUGUGCAUCAAAGAUGGAAGCUUAUAAUUGUACUUUUCCUUUGACAAUAGAAAAUUAUAUUUAGUCCUCCUUCAUGUAAGAGAGCUGAAUGAAAUCUAAGCUAUAUGACAUUGUGCUGAGGGUGCUGACACCUUGUACUUACAACAUUAAAGGCUGAAGAGAUAUUUUAUAUUUUGUAAUUUUAUCUUAAAAAUUAGCAUUUCUGUGGCAACAAGAAAAACCUUUUAAAAUGAUGCUGAAUGAUGAGACACCUCAAUAUUUUGGCCAUUGUUUUUCAAAAGUGUAAUUGGCCAGCAUUAUGAUGACAUAUAAAAGAAAAUAUAUCAUCAAUAUUCUGGCUUGAUACUUAUACAGUAUUUCCAAAGUCAUUGUGAAAAUCGUAACACAUGAUAUUUUACAGGCCAGUGGGGAUUUUUGUGUGGAAAUGUAAAGGAUGUCUGACCUAUGCAUGUUUCAAUAGUCUUCUGUGUCCUGUGGAUGUGCAAUAUUUCGACACAACUGAAGCAUUGAGGUACUUGCUGUGUUUUAACACAUGAUCAAAUUGCAAUUUUUAAUCAUUUAAUCAGACUUGUGUCUAUUUUAAACCCAAAUAAAAACAUUGUUGUAAGAGGUGUUGUCCAAGCAAUAUGUUUGGUUAUCACAUUUAUUAUAUUCCCUUUUCAGUUGUUUAAGUUGUAAACCUGAAUUCACAUCAUGAUUUUCUUGUUGUUAACAUUACUAACCCCAUAAAAUAUAUAUUUAACCAAAAGUAAGUAUUUCAACUACAUCUUACCAGGUCAGUGUUUUCUACCCAACAAUAUGCCUUGCCAUUGUGUCUAUAUUCAGGUGCAUUCUUCAGUAAUGGUGCACUAAUAAGGUGCUCCUCAUCAACAUUUUGAGUCUUAGAUAGACAUGUUCACCAGCAUGAAUUUGCCCUGAAACUGCAGACAAAGUGGUGAACUGGAAAAAGUUCCAUGACAGACUGACUUUUAGUAUUAGCUGUAAUUCCUUUCAACAUAGUGCAGUUGAUGCCAGGCUUUCAUCUUCAUUUCCACCCUGCAGCGAGUUCUCCAUUGUUCCACUUCAAGUGAUGUACAUCAGUGAUUGAUAGAUACAAUAUGAUAUCACACAACAUUUUCUGCUUCAUGAGUUUGUGAGGGUUACCUGAACAUCUUAAUAAACAACUGUAUAGGGCAGCGAAGGAUGGAUUAUGAAGGAUAGAAUCGUUGUUUCUUCCAAAUUAAAGAAAAUUAAAGCUGCUUUCGUCAGCCACAUUUGGAUGAGAAAUUGAAUUGACCUUGGCAUGUUCUCUUUAUAAAUGAGAGUUUAAACACCUGAAUUAAGACACAACUGUAUUCUGUUGUUGUUAAUACCAUGUUUCUGUAGGAGUACAAACUAUUUUCUGUGCAAUUUGUUUGACAUGUUAUUGAUUAGAAAUGUUUACAUAAUAUUCAUGAAUUAAUGUUGGUGAUGAUGGUGUUGUUCAUAAUGGGAUUGGAAUGGGAGUGAUCGAAAACUUUUUUUACUAAAGCUAAAUACACCUUUGUGUAAGUAAAUGAAUAAAGGGGAGAAAUUAAUAACUUAAAAAAAUAAUUUGUAUAGUGUCAACGAGCAAAAGGAUUUCAAAUUCUGAAUAAAUUCUGUUUUGUCUCUAAAAUAUUGACCUUUUG